CUUGGACCUGCUAGUGACACCCGUGACCCGUUGAUACAUCUUAUGAUACAUCUUACGAUGCUCCUUGGGAUAAGAGGAGAGAUCACAUGGUUGAAGAAAUACAUGGAUAAGGUUGACGUGGAUGAGUCGACUUUGGAUCUGCAGACUGGCGGGACGUACAUCAUCGCUAGCCCGUGGGCGAAGCGAGUAUACGUAGGGUGUACGGCGAUACUGAUACUGCAGAGAUGGAGGGAGCACGUGCACACUGCAACAUCGGAUUCUCGGGGAAAAGCUUCUCAAUUGUACCGAUGGAUGAGAACAUUCGGGAUUGAUAAGUUCGUAAUCAUACCUGUGAGGCAUACAGCCAAGGCGGAUGAUUUCGUUUUCGAACAAUAUCUGAUACGGGAUCUGUCACCUAGUUUGAACACGAAGGGAACGAGGGGACGAGGAGUGAAGUCAAGAAAGCGGAAGGGUAAGAGGGAGAGGAAGAAGAGGGGAGGUGAGGCGGUAAGGAAGUCGGUAGUGGCUUUCACUACCGCGGAAGGAAAGCGUACUUCACUACUGAAUUGGCUACGGGAAAAGAGCGAGAAACCGAGUGAGAGAACGGAGGUAGCUUUCACCGCGGGUGAACAAUGGACGGACGGGUGGAAACAGAUUAGCAAGCUCUUCGGAAUGUCAGAAGUUGAGGUCAAUGGGAGGGCACUAUUACUGAAACAGGUGAGACAGGUCUGCCAGAAUGGGGGAAAGAUGAUGUUUGUGCGGCUACGCAAGACAACUACCACUACCGAACGGUAUAAGCGUGAGCUAGUUAGAUUGAUGAGGCAGCCGAGGCUAGUAGGCGGUUUGGCUAGACAGUCGACAAGCAAGCUUAUAGGAUUAUACAGGACCGCUGGUUUCUUCGGUAGAAAAGAGACAACAGAGAAGUUGAAGAUAAAAAUAGAUCGGGUUUUGAGGAAGAAAACGGGAGUGAGUGUGAGAAGAAGGGUGACCGUCAAGUACCCGUACAACGCGUCUGUCCUGAAGACGGAGGUCAGGCGGAAGGUAGAAUCUGUAAUUGACAAGAAACUGGACGACCAUGCUCAGGCAGCGUUCGUUAAGAAGAAGGUGAGAGUGGUGAACACAAGGAAUAGGACAGUGGGAGAGGUGAUCCACAACCACCGCCGGCAUGCUCAUACUCAGCCGGUGACUUGCCCCUGUGAACACCGCCAUUUGACCAAGCAAGACGGGCACGUACUCACGAGAGUGUCAGAAAUGAAGGACACGCCGAUGUUCGUACGAAAUGCAAAGAAUGUAACAAGACGAGAUGAACAGAACAGCAAGAGAGACAUCAUACAAGGAAUCAGCAUGGCAAUAGCCCACCUCAAGGGUAGGACGCAGGAGGAGAUGUCGACUCCUGCGUCAAAACCGAGGACGGGAAGUGUGCGGCCUGGACAGAGGAACCCGGACUACGAAUCGGUGGGCAAGCCGGAGGCAGAGGUCUUAGCUCAAUGUAAGAAAGAGUUCGAGGACGCAGGACUUACGGAGAUUGGGAGAUGGAAGAGCGAUGGGAAACUGGGAAGAUCAUAUGUGAUACCGAAGGACAAAGAUCUGCAACGUUGGAGACCGAUCGCCCCAGCGUGCAACGAUCCGGCAGUAUUGGUACAACGGAGAGGGGCUAGAGCCUUGCACUGCCUCGUCACGAGGUUCUCUAGGAGGAAGAAUUUUCACCUGAAAUCGACUAUGGAGCUAAAGGAGGAUCUAGAGAACGCAGGAGAGAUCCUGAGUAAAGAAGGAUGUGAUAUGGCAAUGGGAAGGUGUUACAAUAUCAAGGAGAUGUUUUCCUCGAUAUCGCAUGCGUCGGUGAAGAAUGCGGUCUCGGAUUUGGUGAUGCAUUUUGAAGAACAGGGAUGGAGGCAGGUGAGAGUUGCGACCAGAGGAAAACUGUGCCAGAUGUCGAAGACUGAAAGGAAAGAACCCGGUUUUGUCACGGUUAAGCUGGACAUGAUCAGGACGAUCGUGGAAUAUGACCUGGCGCAUGCAUAUAUGAUGCAUGGCGACGUGGUAAGGAAGCAAAUCACUGGUAUCCCGAUGGGUAGGACCACCAGCCCAGUGCUGGCCAUAGUGACGUGCGCAAUGGCCGAGGCGGCUUUUCUGUCUAGUCUUGGAUCGGAUAGGAGGCUAGUGAUGGGAUGGAGGAUUGUGGACGAUGUGUCCAUCAUCGUCGGAUGUAACGGAGAACCUGAGGCAUGGCGGAAGGCGGUUGGGAUACUAGACACCUUCGAGAAGACGUACGAUCACAAGUUGAAAUUGAUUCGGAAGGACGAAGACACCAACACUUGGAAUUUUAUAGGGGGACGUGUCUAUGUUAUGAAGAAACCGGUCCAGGUGCACUUCGUACAAGAGACAAAGAACUGCAUGUCCCUGAGGAACUCCGGGCCUCUACGCUACCAAUCGAUGCAGGAUUUUGCGAGCUAUACCGACAGGAAAGCUAAGAAGGGCAUUUUAUCGGCGACGCUCAGGAGAUUGUGGCAGUCGUCGACCUCGCACGCGUUGUGUAUAAGCUCGAUAGCGUAUGCGGUGACUGAGAGCUUCCUCCGGGGCUAACCCCCGGAGGAUUCUCUGAGUGCCUUGGCUAAAUUGGCCAAGGGUACGACACAGAAGGUACUAUGGGAGUUGAUCGGCGUUUUUCAACU